AUGGCUUGCGGCACGCUGAAAAGACCAUCUUCAGACCUGUGGAGGGCCGUUGACGAUCAUACGCUGAUCUCAUCAAAGAAAAUCAGAUCUUUACCGGAAUUCUGGCACGAAAACGAGGAUCGUGCGGUUCCAAUCUCAGGCAAGGCGAAUGCGCACCCGGGGAGCGAUACAGGGACGGUGAUUGUUGGAAUACCCGAGCCUACAUGGCGGACAGGGAGCUUGCCCCUGGGAGAAGACGGCCAAUCCCAAUGGGCUCCAUAUGCUGGGCUGCCAUGGUGUGAGGGAGGCUGCCUGCACCCCUGCCAGAGCUGCCAGGCAGCCCAGCCAAACCUCUCUGGGCUGAGACCAGAUGCCCUGCUAGACGCUCUCUCCAGUGGCCCCCUCUCCAUGGUUCUUUUUGGGUUUUGA